AUGGCUGUUCUUCCUUUCUGCCCUGGCCUUACAGUGAAGAUCUUCGUCAACGGCGCUCCCUUGCCUGAGUACGACGACGACAGCGACACUCCCGCGUCGCCUACAACGAUCACCAAAUAUGUCGAAGCGACGUCUGGGGCUAGGUUCGUGAUUAAGGUCUCGCUCACAGAAGGAUUUCCGUUCUCAGAGGGUGAUAUGGAAGCUAAGAUUAGCCUUGAUGGGCGCAUUACGGCACAUCAUUUUAUCUCCAAAGACAUUUUUUUGGUCAUUACAUCUGCGAAGGGCGUGGUGUCCAAAUCGGCGGAUACCCCAAAAUACAGAAGUAUUGCUUCUCCAAAUCAAAGAUCGAGUAUUUCAGCAUCGACACAAGUUCCAGAAAAUACGCUAAAAGGCCAAAUUCGCACUCAUCGAGCUGGGUACGGCGGUUCUGUAUUUUUGGAAGACAACGCUGAUAGCUAUAGUGUAUCUGAACCCGUAGCUCACACGAAGACUACUUGGGUCGACUACGAUGACAUUACUGAAUCUCCUUUCGCUACUUUCGACUUCAAGUACCGCUCCAUCAAUGCUCUCCGGGCUCUGGGUCUCAUCCCACGUGAACCCACCCCGUUACGUCUCGAAGAGCGACCUGAAGAGGAGCUCAGUCAAGAUGAGCUGCGCCAACUCGUCAAGCAGUUCAAGGAGCAAAAAGUUGCUGCAGUCCAGGUCAAGAAAGAAGCCGUCGAUAAGCGCAAGCGGAUUGACGAGGCUAUUGAAUCCAGCGAUGACGAGGAGGUCGCGGUCAUAAGGUCUAGAGACCGGAAGCGUCACCGUGGUGCGGAUGAGGAGGUUAUCGCGCUGGACUAG